GAAUCAUCUUUUCUGCUCGUAUUCGUAUUUUUGUUUGCUGGUACAACAUCUAUUUUACAUGUGGCGAAUAUCUUUGGAUUUGGUAAUUUUGUCGAGGGCAAUAAUGGUAAUUGUUAUUUACAAAAAGGACAACAACCAGAACAAUUCGUUGUUGUAGGAUUUAUUAUGAUGGCAAUUUUUUGUUGGAUAAUAUUUGGCUUAAUUGCAACCAAAAUUUAUAUGAAGUGGAAUUCGCUAGGUGGAAAAAUUCUAAUAAGACAAAAAUGGCGACAAAUUUUAUUUGAAGAUACGAUUAAUGUAAUAUUUAUCUUAUCUUCCGAAAAAUUUUUUGACCGCUUCAUAAACGUUACUCCUGCUUUAAUUCUCACAUCAUUAUGUGCUAGACGCCUUAUAAUCACAGGCAACAACAACAAAAAAAGUUCUUUGAUAACUCCUCUAAACGUCAAAGUCUCAACACCACAAAUUAUUCGAAAUAAUGAUUCGUUCAUAAUAAAUAAUAUGCCAGAAUCUCCAAUACCUUCAGCUUCACGUGAUCGGAAUAUACGAAAUAAUUCGUUCACUGGAAUUCAUAUUUCACCACCAACUCCAAUAAUGACUUCAGACUUUGGACCCUCCUUGACAACUUUUUUUAAUAAUUACACUACGAUGAGUCUAGAUGAUUAUUUAAAACAAAGAUCUCUAGGAAAUAGUCAACAAAGUAGUAAACAUACCAGCUCCAAUGGUGGUCAUCCGAAUGGCAAUAACAAUAAUUAUGAUAAUAGCAAAUUACAAGUCAUCCAACCUAACAGUCGGUCUGAAGGUUCUAACAGCAGAUUAAAAGUCAUUCAACCUAGCAGUUGGUCCGAAAGUUCUAACAGCAGAUUACAAGUCAUUCAACCUAUCAGUCGAUCCGAAAGUUAUAACAGCAGACUACAAAUCAUUCAACCCAUAAGUCGGUCCGAAAGUUAUAACAGUCGAAGUAGCAAAAAAUCAACACGCUCGAUAUUACAAUCAAUAUUUCGAAAUGAUAAUAAUUCUAUAUCACGUGAAAAUCAACGUACAAGAAAGAAUAUGAAUCCAGAUGAUGACAUUUAUUAUUUUCGGUAUAGUGAAGCAAAUGAAUUUGAUGAUGAUGUAUUCUUAUUUCCUGCAAUACCACAGCAAAAUCCUUCAAAAUCAAAAUUAAAAAAAAAGUUUACUAAUAUUAAUAAACCAUUACCACCUAGACCUGGUUUUUUCUAA